AUGGAAACGACCUUUGAAUCAAUGAGAUGCCCUGAUGAACAUAAGGUGGCGUGUGCGACGUAUGUGUUACAAAAAGAUGCAGAAGUGUGGUGGUCGGAUAAUAAACAGAGCAUCAACUCGGGUGAGGGGAUUACAACGUGGGAAAACUUUAAGGAAGCCUUUCUGAAAUAUUAUUAUCCAAAGGAAACCCGUAUAAAGAAACAACAAGAGUUUAACCACUUAACCCAAGGUGAUCGCAAGGUGGAUCAGUAUGAUCAAGAAUUCAUGAGAUUAAGAAGGUUUGCACUGUCAUUAGCUGAUACUGAAGAGAAACAGAUGUUGGGAUUAAACCCGAAGAGCCACCGCAUGUUGGAGGCCUUUAACCCAAAAACCUAUGAAAAGGCCUUAAGGACGGCCAAGGCCCUAGAGGAACCCUCAGAGGAGAAAAAAACGGAGCCAACGGUUGUCACAGGGAGGAAACGCCCUGUCGAGGUCGAAACCACAGAUUCCAACCACCGCUCCAGAGACCUCGAUAUCCGAGUCAUGUGGCCAGAACUUGCCCUACAAGGAGCUCGGGAAAUCCAAGGGAACCCCUUAGAGGAUCGGUCAUUCGAGAGCCCACCAUACAAACCGGCCCACAGACCAGGGCAUAUGCAACGACCAGUAAAGAGGUGGGAACGUCUAGCACCGUGGGGGACAUGUACGCUUUCUAUACUAGGACACUUUGCGUUGACAUUGUUUGAUUCUGGUUCUACCCAUUCGUUUGUUUCUUUACCAUUUGUUAAACAAGCAGGGUUCGUAGUAGAACCCUUAAUACAUAUAUUGUCGGUUGGUACCCCAGCAGGGGUAGACUUAGUUACGAAAAAUAGAGUAAAAGACGGACAAAUGGUAAUAGCUGGACAAACCAUCCAAGACUUAAAAGUAGUGGAUAUGACGAAUUUUGACGUCAUACUAGGAAUGGACUGGCUAGCCGAAAACUUUGCUGGAACUAGGAACGGGACCCAUCUCUAA